AUGUCUUCACAACUUUUUUCUACUUUUAUUUUCUUCGACUUGGAAACAACCGGCCUUCCAUUAAGCGGUUAUCAUCCUCGAAUUACUGAGUUGUCGUUGCAGGCGGUCGAAAGGUCAGAUUUAAUAGAUGACUCGCGCAAUUGGCCUGUUAAAAAUAAAUUAAACCUAUGUUUCAACCCAAUGAUUCCAAUUCAGUCUAAAGCAGCCAAUAUAACUGGAUUGAAUGCCAAAUUAAGAAGAAUUCAUUCAAGCGAUUUGUCAGAUAAAAAUGGAGAUUCAGUUUACUGUAGUGAUACCCUGGAUUUAUUUCGGGACUUUGAUUAUCACCUUGUUUCUCCAGAUGACAGAGGACUAGCCAUAUUAACUUCCCAAGUAUUCGAUUACUCAAGGAAACUAAUUAUGAUGACACCAAUCAAAUACCAGAUGAUAAAUAUCUAUUAUGAACCUGAUUAA